AUGGCCAGCUGUGGGGGGACCCAUUUAUCUCGGUUUUUCUCGCUCCUUCUCCUCUCUUUCACCAUGUCGUCCACGAUGGGCCGGGUCCUCUGCAUCAUCACCGGGGCCUCCAGAGGCUUCGGCUGGGCUGUGGCUCUGCACAUGUCCCGGGUGGUGAAGCCGGGCUCGGCGCUCGUGCUGACCGCCCGCUCCGCUGACGACCUCCGGGCUCUGCAGGAGGAGCUGACCACCUCAGAGGCAGGCAGAGCCGGCCUGAAGGCUGUGAUUGUGCCCGCUGAUCUGGGAGAGAAGGAGGGACCAGAGAGAGUGCUGAAGCAGGCUGGAGAGGCUUUUGACGAAGACAUGGAUCACGUGAUACUCAUCAACAACGCAGCUUCUCUGGGUGACGUUUCUCGCUUCAUCAGAGACUUCACCAACAUGGCCGAAGUCGACUCGUACAUGUCUUUCAAUGUCACCUCCUUCCUCUGCCUCACCGCCGGCGUCCUGCAGCGUUUCCCUCAGCGUCCUGGUCUGAAGAGGACCGUGGUGAAUGUGUCCACCAUGGCCGCCAUACAGGCAUACCCUUCCUGGGUGCUGUACUGCAGUGGGAAGGCUGCCAGACUGAUGAUGAUGAGGGUGCUGGCUCAGGAGGAGCCGGAUCUACGGGUGCUCAACUACUCUCCAGGUCCGUUGGACACGGCCAUGCUGAAGGAGGCUCUGUCCAAAACGGCCCACUCCGGCCACAAGAAGUCGAUCCUAGAUUUACUGUCUGAGGGGAAACUACUCACCUGUGAGGAUUCAUGUGCUCAAAUGAUGAAGCUGCUGCUGGACGACAAGUUCACCUCAGGAGAUCACAUCGACAUCUUUGACCUGUAGACUCAGCAGGAAACGUCGAGUCAGAGUAAUUUACCCUGAUUUUAAUCCAAACGUUCUAACACGUUCCCCAGAGGAGAACUCCAAAACAAUGUUGGGCCUUCAGUGUGGAUAAUUUUUCCCUCUGUGUGAGGCUUUUUUAAUAAAUGAAUGAACCAUCCUAAAGUCCACAACACACCGGCACUGUUUGAUGAUUGUCCAAAUAAUAACCCCCAUUAUUCCAACAGCAGCCUGACGCUACUUUA